AUGUCCUUGAUUUAUGCCGUCAUUGUAAGGGGAAAGGAUGUAAUCCUUGUUGAUUAUGAAAGUAAAUCCAGUAACUUCCCAUCAAUAGCAAAUAAGCUAUUUGAAAAACUAUAACAAGACACUCGAUUAACAUAUGUUUAUGAUAAAAAGUAAUGAGUACAUUUGGAUCGAAUACUAGUUAUAAGAUUCAUUAUAUCAAUUAAAAUGAUUUCACUUACUUAUGUUUGGCAGACGCAUUAUUGCCAAAAUAUACUGCCUUUGCAUUUUUAGAAGAAAUUAAAGAAUUGUUUUGUUAGAAAUACAGUGAAAAUAUUAGAAAAAAAGCAGUUAAUUAUGGGAUGCAAGACUAAUUUAAAGAGUGCUUGAGAAUCAAGAUAGUAUCAAUAUUAUUAUGCCGUUGACCAGGAUCAUUAUAACAGUAAUCCAGAGAAUGAAGAAAUAGUCAGGUUAAAAGACCAGUUGAUAGAUGUGGCUAAUCAAAUGUCUCUGACUUUAGGUAAUCCAUCAUUGUAAUGCUGUUAGACGAAAUCUUAGCAAGAGACGACUAAAUAUAGAUUUUAGUCCAAAACACUAAACCCUUGGUUAAAGAUGCAGAAGGCUUGAAAAGAACAGUAAAUUCAUUUAUUAAAAGUCAAGGCAAAACAAGUCAAAGAAGAUCAGGAAAGUAGAGCGUUAAAAACAAAACUAUUUAUUGCUGCAGUUAUUGUUGCUAUGUUUUUAGGUAUUUAUUGCCUUUAUUGAAAUUUAUAUAGCAUUAUAUUAUAUAAUAAUCAAUAUUUUAAGUUGCCAAUGUAGUCCUAUUCCAAAAAUGCAUGUCCAUUGACC